AUGACGGGAUACGAGAGCUACGUGGUCGUUCACAACAUAGCAAAGCGACACAACGUAGGAACACUAGCUCGAAGCGCGACUGCUUUUGGUGUAACGGAGCUAAUCCUCGUCGGCCGCCGUGACUUCAACGCCUUCGGAAGCCACGGUUCCGCUUCUCACGUCCGUUUCCGUCACUUCCACUCCCUUAUAGAAGCUCGCAACUACCUCAAGGAGGAGAGAGAGUGUGAUAUAUGCGGCGUUGAGAUUGCAGAUGGAGCUUCUCAGGUCAAUGAGCAUCCUUUUAAAAGAAACACAGCCUUUCUUCUUGGUAAUGAGGGAUCAGGAUUAUCUGCGAAAGAGUAUGAGAUAUGUGAUUUCUUUGUAUACAUUCCUCAGUAUGGCUGUGGCACUGCCUCGCUCAAUGUUACUGUUGCGGCUUCUAUUGUCUUGCAUCAUUUUGGAGUUUGGGCGGGAUUUUCUGAACGUGUCCGAGAUGGAAGUAAGUUUAUAGUGGCUGAUAAACCAGCUAGGCAAGGACGACGUAAUUUCUGUGCUGGUACAGAGGAAUCCAUCGUUGAAGAGCGGAAGCUGAGGAAAGAAAGUGCUGAAAAUGGGUUCUUUGAUGAAAACGGCGGAAACGAAAGUUCAUCCACCGAGCUUUUGAAUGGUUUGUUCCUUAACGAAUAG